CCAAAGGCACCGAGUCAAACAUCUCAGAACAGCACAGAAAAAAUUAGGGUCCCUAACGAGAAAUUAGUGGCACUGUGGCUGUUGGUCGUUCUGCCUUUUUAUUAUUACUGCUCAUUAAUUCUGCCCCAUCUGCAUGCAGGAGCCCCCGUAAGGGACGGACACUCUGCAGACAGAGGACAAGGGUGACAAUCCCUCCCUCAAGACUAGAGCAACGCUUGGAGCCUGUUAAAUCCGAGAUGUUAAUCCAUGAAGUUUUAGGCUUCUACUUUUUGACUGUAUCCAGCAGGGCUGGUACAGUGCAUUUCAGAGCUAGGAAACCCCUCCCCUUCACUUGUACUUCUGAAAAGCAGAAGAUUUAGCUCAAUUGACAGAGCGCAUUCCUCAACAUUUAAAAAUGCAUCGGCUUGAAUUUCUAUUGUUAACCUGAGCUCUCUCUGAAACAUAUAAAUUAGUGGUUGGCUGAGAAUUCCACUGUAAGUUGCAGAGUACGACAACUUGCACGAUCCAGAACUGUAAAGCAGGAUGAAGCAUCCCCAGCCCCUUUGCCUUUAAAAUGCCAUGGAAGCACAGAGGCUCUCGGCAGAACACCUUAUCUGCUCUCCAAAGCUGUGACUCUUCAUCCUUCCCUUAUGAAGACCCAGGGGAUUGCUUGCUUAGCAUCCACCAGAGGCAAUGGAUAGGGUGAGCAGCCGCUGCGGCCAGAAACCCCCGGCAGCGAGCGCGGGCAAUUCCCCGCACAUGCAGAGACUUUGGAGCUGAAUUGCGCUGAACGCAGCGAGCCAUGUGUGCCCGGGAAGAGCAGCCCCCGGCGCUCCGCUGAAAAGCAAUGCAGAACAUAUGAGCCUUUCUAGUGCACUUCGAAGCUUGGCCAGCUGGAAGCAGAGCUGUAGCAAACUGCUGUGGAGCCUGUUUGGAAGCUGACUUCAGCACAGGAAUUGAAAUAAAUGAAUUUGGCACCUAAAAGGAGGUUUUGUGGAGUCAACGCUUUCUAAGCAGAGGACAGAGAGAGAUUUGGCAAGAACAGCCCGGUGAGAACUGCUUCCAGGUCUGGGUGGAGGUGAAGCUGAGCAGAGCCCGGACGCCGUUCCAGCGCCACUGACAGACAAAACUUUUAAAAUAUGACCGCAGGGAGGAUUUUAUCUCCACAAUGCUGCUAUGCUGGGAUGUGACAGGCUUCCUACCCAGGUCUGGAAGGAGCUUGAUGAUGUUAGGAGUAAAUUCAGACCCAGAUGAAGAGCGGCCUGAGCAAUGGAGGUGCCCACCCCCGAGCCCGUGUACGUUGACGUGGACAAGGGACUGACGUUAGCAUGCUUUGUCUUCCUCUGCCUCUUCCUGAUUGUGAUGAUCAUCCGCUGUGCCAAAGUCAUCAUGGACCCCUACAGUGCCAUCCCCACGUCCACGUGGGAGGAGCAGCACCUGGAUGACUGACAGGGGCUCCCCUGUCAGAGACAGCCAUGGCACGCUGUGCUCCAGGAGGCCUCUUCCCAGGGGGAAGGCUGGCACAGCAACAGCCAUUCUCAGAUAUGCAGGGCAAAGGCAAUAUCCCCAAGAGCACAUAGUGUAAGUCAUUUCUGCUCAACAGGUCAAGAUAUCAGCAAGCCAUUCUGGCAGCAGAGUUUACUACUAUGCAGCAACUCUUAUUUUACAGUUGUCAUUUUGACUCAAGUAGCACAAGAUUCUCCAGAUUUUCCUAACAUAACUCUUGGUCUAGCACAGUUUGUCCCACCCUCAAUAUCACCCACAAACCCAGGGUAACCAUCAAUACCAUGAAAAAGCAACAAGAGUAUUCUGUCUUUCCUGGAAACUGAUUGCUUCCUUGGUCAUCAUGGGGGCAUUUUAGGAAAGGCCCGGAUUUCACAUACCAGAGCAUCACUAAGUAGAAGUGCUGAAGUACUUCUGGCUAAGCAAAAUUAUACAAGCAAAUUUAUUCUUUAACUCGCUUGGUUCUGCACUUGCACUCCCCACCCCACUUGAGCCAUAUUUCCAGUGACCAGGAUACUGAGGCGCCCUGACUUAGGGAGUCCUGGACUGCUGUAGACCCCACAGCACCACCUUGCUCUGUCCUAGUCAUGCAAAAACCAGCCAUUUCCUCUGUCAUGGGUCCUUGGAUUAGUCAGGCCACUGAUUUUGAGCUUGGUAGGCACCAAAAAUCCCUGGAGCAGAGCCUGGACACUGCUGGUGUCGACUAUAUAAAACCUGCUGUGAUUUUCAGAGAGGGAUUCCCCAUGCAAUUUCACCCUUCUUUUGCUUCAGGUGUACUUCAGUGGGAUGAGACAGGACUAGAAUGACAAGCACAAUAAGCAGAGAGACUUUUCUCCCAGCUUUGUCAUUCAGACUCCUCAGCAUAACAUUUACAGUCACACACAAUAACAGGCAUUCUACCUCGGAGAAAUUCAGCUCCUUCAAAGGAAGAUUUUUCCCGCAAAUUUUUAGGGUACAUUUCUUUCUUUCAAUUCAUUUAGACAGCCAUUAUGCAAGCAGGCAGAAGUGAACGUGGGAGCACUGGAAAUUUGUUAUUUACCUUUGAAGAGUGGGGACUGCAGCAUUCCAAAGCUCUCUAUUCCUCAAAUGCUAAGGUUUGCUCACGCCUGCCUUUUCUUUCAUGACUACAUGUUCAACUAUGGGAUUGAAAGGAAGCAAUUCGGAGCAGGUCCUGCAAGCACCAUGAACAGACAAGGCUUGAAAGCACAAAACUUCAAGAAGGGCAUUUCUCCAUUUCCCCUCCUCACCAUCCUACCUGACCCCAGGUUCUUGCCAUGAGACCACACACAGUGGGUGGGAAAGGUGGAAGCAAAGGCUGUGACAAGAAAAUUGGGACACAGACUUUGUAAGGCACUGCUCUAGCUCUGACAGGUUUGUUUGAUAAUCACACGAGUCAAUUUUUAUGUGCCUCAGUCUACUCAUCAGUGAAGGCUGUAACAAUUUCAUCUUGUCACACCUCAUUUUGUCUAACUAAUAAUACCAGAAAGCACCUGGAGAGCCUUAGAUAGGGACACAGAAAUGAGGUUCUUACUUACAGCUCUUCCUGCUAAAACCAAUAGGGAAGGUCUGGGUCUUGUUGCACUGCAGGACUCUGUCACACAGGCAGAGGACUUGUCCAGACCCCCAUUUUCUCUGUCAUUGCAGUAUUUUGGGCCAAGCCAAAUGGCACCUGGCUUUUUUACACGGCCCGCUGAUUUCUGAGGAUGUAAGGUGCUCAACACUGCAAAUACAGAGAUCCAAAACAGCAGGCUAUGAGGCAUACGGAGACUUCUGCAUGGAUCUUUAGAACCACACAAUUUUUGCUGGUCUCCGUUGUAGGAGAUCCCACUCCUGAGGCAGGAAAUUCAAAGAUUGGCUUUCCUCCUGAUGUCCUCUAGCAAGAGACCUCCACUGCUUCCAUUACACACUGCAGAUUGCUCCUCAGGCUGAUAUUUAGCCUCAGCUUCUGCUAGCCAGGUACUCACCAGUAACAGAGCACUUUUUCAGGCUUGAGUGUUAAAUGUUCAUUGUAUUUAGAGCAAAUCCACUGUUGUCUCUUAUUGGUGGGCAAGUCUAUCUGUACCAUAGUAAUGGAUAUCCCAGCUCAAAGAACAACACUUCUGUUCCCUGGGCUAAAGUCUGGAACCUGUUUUUUGUCAUUAAAUCUUGUAUCCCUCUAAUGGGGCUAUUUACAAAAUAAGCAAAAUAACAAAAUGGCUUUCAGUGUGCAGGUCACCUGGCUGAGUUCACAGCUGGUGCAGAGCAAGGACAGAGCUUGUCCUCACACCUCUCAGUGCCAAUACUCCACUUGGUGUUGAUCUGCAUGCAGGACUCUUUGCCAUUGUCACAUGUCACUGACAAGCCCCAGUUCACCCAGGGACUUUUUCAGGUGCUUGAGUUUAAGCCUCUGAGCAGGCUGCCCAGCUACAGAGACCAGGGUCAGUCCUGUGGCGUGUUCCUGGCAGGGCAGGGACAGCAGCACACAGUCCUUGGUGGAGCAAAGCCUGUCUGAGAAUGAAGGGUUACAAAUGCUGAGGAAGCAAAUUGACUAAUUUGCUUUGCAGGGAUGGUUGCCACUUUUUUCUCUCUUUGUCCAGCUGAACAAACCAUUUUAUGGAUUUUCCUGAAAAUCCUCAUGAAAAGACCCCUCUGGGUAGCUUUGUUUUCUAAUAAAAAGGCACAUGUCCUCCUGGCAUAGCCUGUCAAGUCCAUCCUUCUUUUGACAAAAAAAUGUCUUUAUAAAAACCUGGAUAUUCCCGUAUAUGACUGCAUAAAAGUCAACGAGAUUGUUUUUACAGAGAAAAUGUAAAUCUAUUGACCUUUUCACUCUUGUGACUAGUGACAGGACUCGAGCCUGUCUGAGUUCAAGGAGCCUUUGGACAACACUCUGAGGCACAUGGUGGCAUUCCUGGGAUGUCCUGUGCCAGGCCAGGAGUUGGACUCCAUGAUCCUGCUGGGUCCCUCCCAACUCAGCAUAAUCUAGGAUUCAUUCAAAUUUCUGCCUUUCCCCACUGGUUACAAUCACACAACCUCACUCCUCUUUGACCAAAAGCAAUACUGAACAUCAUGCCUAAGCCAGACAUUUUCAGCUCCUUCCCCUGGAGCCAGGGCUGUCCCACCCCAGGGGUGUCACUGCAGCUCUGGCUGGUGCCAGCCCCGCUCAUGGCCAGGGAAGGUCUCUGUCAGCAGGAGCUGCAUCACUGGGCUUGGUAGCAAUUCCAGCUGCAUGCAACAAGUGCCUCUGCUAGUUUUGGUUCUUUUUUAAUCAUUGUGCCAUACUACCAGCAAAUGCACUCAGAGGAUGCAAGUCAAACUUGUUGCAAGUGUAUUUAUCUGACAUAAUAAACAGCUUCGACAUG